AUGAAGGCUAAUUUUGUUUUAAAUUGUUUCAGACAAAGUGAGUUUUUAAUUUAUUUAAAAUUUUUUAAAAUGUUUUAAAAUUUAUUUAAAAUUUAGUUAUAAAAAACUGUAAUUUUAGAAUUGAAAAAAUACGGCUUAAUACUUCUAACUGUUGUUGUUGUUAGUCUAACGUUAUAUUAUGUUUGUGGUAAAGAAAAUAACAUCGAAGGUACUAAUUACUACAUCAAACUGCCCAAAAUAAACUUUAACAACAGCUUCGAAUUGCCACAAAAGAACACUAAUGACAAUCGACAAAUCAUAGUGAUUACACCAACUUUUGCUAGAAGUGAUCGGCCAGCUGAUAUCAUUGCGUAAGUGAAGAAUUGUGUAGGGUAAGGUAGGGUAGGAUAGGGUAGGGUAGGGUAGGGUAGGGUAGAUUAUGUUACGUCAUAUAGAUGUACUAUAUAGUACCGUAUAUUUAGCACUGCUUACGCCCUUAUGAACGUACCAAACGUCUUUUGGCUUCUAGUAGAAGACCACGACAGCCCAGCAUUGGUCGUACAGAACGCUCUGGAAGACAAAAACUUGACGUAUGCUUAUAUUGCUCAAAAUAACACAGGAUUACCAUGUAAGUAAAAAAAUUAAAAAAUUAAAAUUUUUUUAAAUUUCGCAAUAAACGUAUUUUACCAUUUUCAGGCACCGGCUGGUCUCAAUAUAACGCAGCGUUUGAUUAUAUCAAGCAAAAUCAAGCAAAAUUUGACAAAAAUGCUGUGGUAUAUUUAGCAAACGACAAUGAUGCUUAUGGACUAGACUUUUUUGAACACUACGUCAGGCCUGUCAAUCGUAUUGGGGUUUGGCCCGUUGGUGAGUCACCAUUUUUGUAUUUAAAAGUUUGUAAGAGAUUUAAAAAAAGUUGGUAGGAUACGGUAAGGUACGGCAGGGUAGAGUGGAAUAAAUAUUUUUAAAAUUUAUAGUAAAAAUUUUGAAAAUCCUUAUUUAUAGCAUUAACUAGCUACUUCCUACAACUACCGUUAGUGAAAAGCAAUAAAGUUAUCGGAUUUGAAUCAACAUUAAAGCCAUCAAAGCAUCUCGGCGUUUAUUUUGGUGGAUUUGCUUUUCAUAUCAACUAUUUCUUUAAUAACAUGUAAGUUUUUUUUCAUGUCUAAAAAAGAUGGAUUACGCUAAGCUGUGCUAAGCUAAUAUUAAGGUUAGGGCCUGGGCUGGGCUGGGCUGGGCUGGGCUAGGCUGGGCUGGGCUGGGCUGGGCUGGGCUGGGCUGGGCUGGGCUGGGCUGGGCUGGGCUGGGCUGGGCUGGGCUGGCCUGGGCUGGGCUAGGCUGGGCUGGGCUGGGCUGGGCUGGGCUGGGCUGGGCUGGGCUGGGCUGGGCUGGGCUGGGCUGAGCUGGGCUGGGCUGGGCUGGGCUGGGCUGGGCUGGGCUGGGCUGGGCUGGGCUGGGCUGGGCUGGGCUGGGCUGGGCUAAAACUAGGAUUAAAAAUUUAAUUAAAUUGUUUUAGUCCAACUCUCUCAACCGCUUGUGGCGGCCUAUACGGCGAAGAAUGUCUUCUUAAACAACUAAACAUCAACCUAGAAGACUACGAACCAUUCGGUAUUCAAGACAAGAAAUAUAAUAUUCAAGUAUUUCGACGUACCAUACCGUACUUUUUCAACCGUAACUUUCCAAAGUUUGGCUACCUUACAGACGAUGUGCCUGGCUAUGAGCCUUACCGGUUUCAGAUGUGUGACAAGUUCAGAAUGAUUCAUAAAAUGACUAAAGAAGAAGCUGAUGAGGUGGCAUUGAUGGUGAACAAGACUUGGGACAUGAGGGAAUUUAUGCCACCAAUGCCGGCUGUUAACAAUGCUUAUCAUGUCUCUGGUAGAGAUAUUACUGGUUUAUAG